AUGGAUGGUAACUCGACACUCAAUGAAUAUGAAAAACAGCGACAAGAAAAUAUACGUCGAAACGAAGAAGUUCUUAGACAACUUAUUCCCGAUCUUGUUGGUUCUCGGUACAGGCGGAAACCCAAACCACUCAAAAAACCAACUAAGAAAGAACCUAGUACUCCAACACGUAAAUCUUUGAGAAUACGUGGUCUCAAGCCGGAUGGACCUGAAGCUAAACGUGAAGUCGAAGAAAGAAAUAAAAUUAAAGAAGAGGAAUUAAAAAAACUCGUUAGAAUAGAAGGAGAUGUUGAUUUAAAUUCUGUACGUUCAAAAGCCACGUCCAUUGAUGAUACAAAUCAUUUUAUUGGAAUAUUAUCAGAUUUAACAAAAUCAAUGUUAGAAUUUGAUAGUACAGUUAAAACAGUUAAAAAUGAAGAUAUUGAUUAUAGUUCAGUUGCUGGAGGUAAAGAAGGACUUACAUCAAUUCGAUGGGCGUGUCGUUCAUUAUCUAUUGGACAACGAUGGCCUGCAGUUAAAGUAUCUUCAGAACGAAUUUAUUCUCUUGCUGUUCAUCCUUCAAAGGAUAAAAUAUUAGUGGCUGCAGGAGAUAAAGUUGGUUCACUUUGUUUUUGGGAUGUUAAGGAAAAUGUCGAAUUGGAGAAUGGUGAUAUUGAACCAAGAACUUAUAUGUUCAAGCCUCAUUCAAAAUCUGUACUUGUGACCAAAUAUUCACCUAUUGAUUCUAAUCAACUCUUUACAUGUUCUUAUGAUGGAUCAAUUCGUUAUUUUGACCUUAACUCGGCAAAAUUUAUGGAAGCAUUUGUAUCAACAGACGAAGAUAUGUUAACAAGCAUGGAUUUUAAUCCUAAUGGAAACGUAAUAUACUUUUCAACAAUUGAUGGAAAGUUUGGUAUAAAAGAUCUUCGCGAACCUGUUAAAACAUUCGAGGAGCAUUUUCUUCAUGAUCAAAAGAUUGGAAAUAUAUCCAUUAAUCCAAUCCACCCGAAUUUUCUUGUCACCAGUUCAUUGGAUAGAUCAAUGCGACUUUGGGAUAUUCGUAAUUUAAAUCCAAACAAACCAGACGAUCAAACGCAUAUUCAAGAAUUUGUUUUUAGUAAUUCAGUUACGAGCGCAUUUUGGAGUCCUAAUGGUGAUCAAAUUGUUACAACAUGCUUUGAUAAUAUGGUGAGAGUAUUCGACUUUAAUAAUGAAAUGAAAUUGAAAACACGUGUAAUUGUUCCACAUGAUAAUAGAACGGGAAGAUGGGUAACAAUGUUUCGAGCCACAUGGAAUCCGAACCCAAAUUUGCAUCCUCAUUUUAUUAUUGGCAAUAUGAAAAGGUCCGCUGAUGUAAUAUCUGGUGUGAACGGUGAAUUGAUUUGGAAUCUGCGUGACGAGAAUUUGACUGCUAUACCAGCCGUUAAUGCGUUUCAUCCAAAUAUCAAUUUUGUCGCGACCGGCAAUGGAUCAGGAAAACUAAUUGCAUGGGGUUAG